ACUGAAGACAUUAACGAACCACCUUAAAGCUAAUUAGCAUUAUUAAUCUUUCCUAAUAUCAACUCCUUUCUUCCUUAUUUCUCUCCCUCCAUACCUGACACACACCCACCGACCUUGUUCGAGUCGGUGUUUUUCUCUCUCCCUCUAUCUCUAUAAAUAUAUACAUAUUCAUCAAUUCAUUGCUCAUAUAUUCACGUGAUUCAUCCAUAUAUAUAUAUUAUUCUCUUGAAAUAUACAUACAGAUUCGUCUUCUUUCACGUUUUUCCAGAUUCAUUCAUACACCAAUGGCAAAGCUUCUGAUUUCUCUUCCUCUUCUGUAUUUGUGCUCUGUUCUUUCGUUUUCCGGCGUGUUUUCCGCCACAUUUACGCUAGUUAAUCAGUGUAGUUAUAGUGUUUGGCCUGGGAUUCUGUCCGGCGCCGGGACGGCUCAGGUUUCUCCAACCGGGUUUUCUCUGGACCCGGGUCAGUCGGUUCCGGUUUCUUUUCCCGCGGCUUGGUCCGGCCGGUUGUGGGGCCGGACGCAGUGCUCUCAGGAUUCUGUCACCGGGAAGUUCGCCUGCGUCACCGGGGACUGCGGCUCCGGGACCGUGGAAUGUUCCGGCGGGGGAGCCGCGCCGCCGGCUACGUUGGCGGAGUUCACGCUCAACGGCGCGGGGGGAUUGGAUUUUUACGACGUGAGUUUGGUUGACGGUUACAACUUACCCAUGCUGGUGGCCCCACAGGGUGGGACCGGGGCGGGGAACUGUACGACCACCGGAUGCAUGAGCGACCUCAACGGCGGGUGCCCGGCGGAGCUGAAGAUGAUGAGCGGCGGCGGUGCCGUCGCCGCCGGCGCCAGCGGCGAGUGCGUGGCGUGUAGGAGCGCGUGCGAGGCGUUCGGCGACCCGAAAUACUGCUGCAGUGGAGAAUACGCGACUCCGGACACCUGCAAGCCCAGCUCUUACUCGCAGUAUUUCAAGGCUGCUUGCCCACGCGCUUACAGCUACGCUUACGACGAUGGUACCAGCACCUUCACCUGCGCCGCCGCGGAUUACGUCAUCACUUUCUGCCCUUUUCCGUCCACCAGCCAGAAGUCAUCCGGAGGCCCAAACUCCGGUGCCGCCACCGCCGGUGUAUCAUUGGCCACCAACGCCGCCGACACCCCAUUGCCGCCGUUCUUUGCCGUUUUCGUCACCGUUUUAGCAGCCGUUUUUCAAUUAAAGCAAUUGCACUGACCCUUGGCUUUUAUCAUAGAAAGAAUCUCUAGGGUCUGAUUUUGGAUCGAAUCGCAGCCCUACACGUGCCUGUUGUGUCCAGCUCUCCUUGCACCCUGAAGGAAUAUGCGGCUUUUGCAUGUGACCCAAACAGACCAGUUUGGAGUUCUGUGAAAACCUGCAACAGUUUGAGUUGAGGUCCAUGUGCUUCUGAUUUUUUAAGGUUAAAAGAAAGUGUCGUCGUCUAGGAGCAGAGAUCAAAAGGGUUGAAGCUGACAUAAUUCUAUUUCUAAAUUUUAUGAUUGGGAUCGCAAAUCUUUGUAAUAUAAAUAAAAUGUGGUCCAUGUUUUCUCAUUAAGGUAUCAA